AACAGGAAAUAACAACAGCAACACCAGCUGUCAAGUAGGCAAUGUUCGUUCAGAUAGCCACUUUGAGUGUUGUGUAGUUUUAGACAAUUUCAUACUGGUACAACUGCAUUCAGGAUUACUGCAAAAAGAAGAAUGGAGAUGAGUGAGGAUAUUUAUGCAAAUGCAGAAGUUGUUGAAGAAAACAGAGCUGAUUCCAGUGACUCUGACAAAUCCUAUGAAGAUAUUUGUAUGAAUGAGGACAAUUUAGCGACUCGGAAGGCCAGAAGCCUCACGCUAUCUAAGAUCUCAGAUACAGGAAACAGCCAUGCAGGGAAUAAAUGUUACAGAUUGACUGCAGUGUGUCUGCUGCUGCUGUGUGUUCUCCUGCUGACUGCCAUCACAGUGCUGUGGAUCAAAUUCACCAAUGUGAAUAUAGAAAACAACCAGCUACAAACCAGUUACAACAACCUCACUAUAGAGAGAGACCAGUUACAGAUCAGUUACAGCAACCUGACUAUAGAGAGAGACCAGCUGCAGUCCGCUAAUUAUGACCUGAAUAGGGAGAAGGAUCAACAAGAAGCCAAACUGAAGGAACUGACAAAUAAAACGAUCAUUUUACAAGCCAGUUACAAUGACACGAAAGACAAGAGUGAGAAGUUACAGAAGGAAAAAGACGCCCUUCAGAAGAAGCUAACUGCUAUAGAUUCACAUGCCAAAGUGGGAUGGAGAUAUUUCAGCUCCAGCAUUUACGUCAUCUCUACUGAGCAGAAAACCUGGAGUGAGAGCAGACAAGACUGUAGAAGUAGAGGAGGAGACCUGGUGAUCAUAAACAGCAGAGAGGAACAGGAGUUCAUCAUUAAACACUUGGGAAGGAAUGAGGCUUGGAUUGGUCUGAGUGACAGAGACACAGAGGGGGUGUGGAAAUGGGUGGAUGGUACACGACUUACCACUGCGUACUGGGGUUAUGGGGAACCAAAUAAUGUAGGUGAUGAGGACUGUGCUGAGAUUCUGGGUUUUCCCGAUAGGAAGAGCUGGAACGACGCGCCAUGUUCGGCUCAGCUACCAUGGAUCUGUGAGAAAAGUGCUUUUCAGUAAUUAGAGAACAGUACUGUAAAAUGAUCAAAUAUUCCCAAUUCAAACUGCAUGUAUUGAGCAGUUGUAAUUGUAUUAGUCACUGUUCUUGUAUUCUCAAGUCCUAUCAUGUAAAACUAUCUAGUGUUCAGAUCUGUGGAAAGGGAAAUCCAUUUCUACUUUCAAAUGUCUCUUUUCAGUGUGUGAUCAGUGGCUGGCCUGAAUCUCAGAAGUCUUGUACAGAAUUUUUAAUCAUUUUUAAGGAAAUCAUUUUUUAAUCAUUUUUUAGGAAAUGCUUGUUUAAAAAUUAAAUUUUCACCUUUUCCCGCUUGGCCCAAAUGUGAUCGAGGAUCCAAAGAAUGAUGAUAGAUGAUAUAACAGGUUAAACUGAACCCUGUCACUGAUUAUUUUUGCUAUAGCAGCCACAGCGCCAAGUGUUUUAUUCCUUACUUAAUUCACCAUCUAUAAUGAUUUUUAUUGAAUAUAUUUCAGUGUGAUUACUGUUUAAUGCAUUUUUUUUCUCUAAUGAACUUUAUGUUUUAAUUUGUAAAAAAAAUAUGUACUGUUUGUGUGUUGGACUUUGAUUAGAUUACAUGUAUCAGAUCAGAAGAUUGCAGGUUCGAGUCCUGCUGGGGUUGUGACUUUAGGAGCCACAAAUCAUCAGGUCUGAAAUGACAUGCUUCUCAAAGCAGUCACGUGUUUCAAUCUCUGCCUGAACUGAUAGUGUGGUUACAAUAUACCAGGAUUCUUGAUGUGAUAAAUCUGCUGUUUGGGGAAAUGAAAUAAUGGCUUCUGUUCUAAAAUGAGGCAAUAAAGUUAUUUACUGCUUGAAGAACGUU